AGAGAGGCUUCUCUGUCUCACACUCAUACCAACAUAAACACAAUCAAGUUGGAAUCUCUCCGAUGUGGUACUUUAUAUGCUCAUGGCUUGUGCAGGAAGAGGGAGUUUAGUUAUGGCAGAAAACAAAGACGAAGCCUAUUCAGAAACUUCUGAAUGUUCAUCAGCUUUAACCAUGCCAAUGGCUAGCAGGUGCAGAUACUUGUUUCAUAAAUUAUGCGGUUCUACCGAUUCAUGGAACAAAAGCACCACCCCAAAAGGUCGAAGACUUUUCCACAGAGAUGUGGAAAAAGAAGAAUUCCAGUAUGCUAAUAGUCCCUGUCUCUCAUCGUACUAUAGCGUCUUUGUGGUUCGACUAGCAAUCAUGGUCAUGCUAGCGAUCUUGAUAGGGCUUCUCACUAUACUGACAUGGCAUUUCACGAAGAUUUAUACAACAAAAUCACUUAACAGUUUGGCAUAUGGUUUGCGUUAUGAACUUCUGCAACGCCCGGUUUUGAGGAUGUGGAGAAUUUUGAACGCUACUUCUGAAAUUACUACAGCUCAGGUCAAACUGUCUCAGUAUGUGAUAAGACGUCACAGCAACCCUGCGACUCAAGCAGAACAAGUUGAGCAGCUGUAUGAAGCGAUGAGGGCUGUAACAUGGGCUUUAUUUGCAAGUCGGAAAGCUCUAAACUCUAUAACCAUCAACUACAAGAAUGGAUUUGUGCAAGCAUUCCACAGAGAUCUGAAGGACAACAACACAUUUUACAUAUAUUCUGAUCUUUCAAACUACUCUAUGGGAGUCAGCAACUCCAAGGAGGCCAAUUCCGUUUCAACACAUCAAGCAUGGGAUGAUAAAGCCCCUCGUGGAAACUAUUCUGCAAUCUGGUACCGUGAGCCACUUGACCCUGUGAGUGGUGAAAAGAUUGGAAAAGCUAUGAAAAUUGCUCCUGAAGACUUGAUCAACAUAGCAGGCCUUUCCCAGGUACCUGAUGGUGUAGCUUCGUGGCAUGUUGCAGUGAGCAAGUUCACAGAUUCACCACUGCUUUCAGCAGCAUUGCCAGUUUGGGAUUCUUCUAAUGAGACCAUUAUGGCUGUUGUGGGGGUCACAACUGCACUUUAUAGUGUAGGACAGUUAAUGAGAGAGCUUGUUGAGAUGCAUAGUGGCCAUAUGUACUUGACUUCACAAGAGGGUUAUUUGCUUGCAACUUCCACAAAUGCGCCUCUUCUGGCAAAUUCAACAAAGCCUAAGCUUAAGAUGGCAGUUGACUGUGAAGACGAUGUCAUUCGACAGGGAGCUGAGUGGUUACAGAGAACUUAUGGGAACAAUUUUCCUCCAAGUCACGAGAUUCAUGUAGAAAAUGUCAAGCUAGGCCACCAGAGAUAUUAUAUUGACUCCUUCUUUCUAAAUUUGAAGAGACUCCCUUUGGUUGGUGUGAUUAUCAUACCAAGAAAGUAUAUCAUGGGACAGGUUGAUGAAAGAGCCUUCAAAACGCUGGUUAUUCUAAUAUCUGCAUCAUUAUGUAUUUUAGUCAUUGGGUGUGUUUGCAUUCUGAUAUUGACAAACGGAGUAUCAAAGGAAAUGAAUCUAAGAGCAGAACUGAUAAGUCAACUGGAAGCAAGAAGAAAAGCAGAGGCAUCAAGCAAUUACAAGAGUCAAUUCCUUGCAAACAUGAGUCAUGAACUGAGGACACCUAUGGCAGCAGUAAUUGGGUUGCUUGACAUUCUCAUAUCUGAUGACUGUCUCACAAAUGAACAAUAUUCAACCGUGACUCAAAUAAGAAAAUGCUCAACUGCUCUGCUCCGUCUUCUUAACAACAUCUUGGAUCUGAGUAAGGUGGAAUCUGGAAAACUGGUCCUAGAAGAUGCAGAAUUUGAUUUAGGAAGAGAACUUGAAGGGCUUGUAGAUAUGUUUUCUGUCCAGUGCAUUAACCACAAUGUGGAGACUGUUCUAGACUUGUCUGAUGAUAUGCCAAAGAUAGUUCGGGGUGAUUCUGCAAGGGUGGUUCAAAUAUUUGCAAAUCUGAUCAACAAUUCAAUCAAGUUUACUCCAUCGGGUCAUAUUGUUCUGCGGGGAUGGAGUGAAAGCCCAAAUUCUUCCGUUGGAAGUCCAAAUUCUCCUCUUGACCAGAAGAAAUUAUGGAGUUUACAGAAGUGCAGAGAGAAACCAAAUGCAAAUCAUUCAAAAAAAACAUCUAUGAAAGACAACAAAGUAAUACUUUGGUUUGAAGUUGAGGACACAGGCUGUGGUAUUGAUCCAAGCAAAUGGGAUUCCGUGUUUGAAAGCUUUGAGCAAGCUGAUCCAUCAACUACUAGACUGCAUGGAGGCACUGGUCUUGGUCUUUGCAUUGUCAGAAACUUGGUUAACAAGAUGGGUGGGGACAUCAAAGUAGUAAAAAAAGAGGGCGCAGGAACACUGAUGCGAUUAUGCUUGCUUCUCAGUGCGCCCAUGGAUGUCACAGAACAACAGUGUGCAGUAGAUUUGACAGACACUGGCUUAGUGGUACUGCUUGGAUUACAUGGCAACAUGGGUAGAUUAAUUACAUCGAAGUGGCUUCAGAAAAACGGGGUGUGCACAAUGGAAGCAUGUGACUGGAAUGGACUAACUCAAAUUUUGAGGGAACUAUUUCAUGCAAGAAGUUCAGUCCAUAAUACUGACUUUGAUGCACACUAUCCAGCAAAAGAGGAAUUGAAGACUAAACUACUGAACAUACGAGAUAUGAGGAACCCAGUUUUUGUGAUUGUUGUUGACAUUGGAUUACUUGACUUGAGCACAGAUAUAUGGAAGGAACAACUUAACUUCCUUCACAGGUACUUUGGUAGAGCAAAGUUUCUAUGGAUGCUGAAUCAUGACACUUCCAAUAACGUAAAGAUGGAGCUCCGAAGGAAAGGGCAUUUAUUGAUGGUCAAUAAACCCCUUUACAAGGGAAAAAUGAUACAUAUUUUGGAAUCUGUUAUGAAGGAGAGAAAUUUUGAGCUACAAAAGAAAAACAUGAUUGUACCAAGGACCACAAUGAAAGAGGGAGAUUUGCAUGAAUUUCUUGAGAUUGAUUCCACUCAUUUUGAUGCUGCUAGUUCCGAUGAUUCUGACAUAUCUGAUAUAGCUGGUUCUAAUCCUGCUAGUGCUAAUGGAGAUAAACCAGUUGAGAAGGUAGAAAAAUCUCAUCUAUCAUCAGCAUAUCAUAUGAAUAACUGCCUAGUUAGAUUAACCAAUGAAAAUGACUAUAUGGAGGAAAAUGAUUUGAGGAAAGAAGAAUCUUCUAGUCCCAGCCCAAAUCAUGAUUCUGCAGAACACCAACCUAAAUCACUGUCCACCAAAGAAUCACCAUCCAUUUCAACAGCAGAUCAGGAUGAAGAUUCUGAAUGUGGUGAAACACACAGGGUCACCAGUAAAUCAGUAGAUGGAAAGAAAUCUCUUGAGGGCCUAAAGAUUUUGCUUGCAGAAGAUACACCAGUACUUCAAAGGGUUGCAACUAUAAUGCUUGAGAAAAUGGGAGCUGAUGUAGUUGCUGUAGGUGAUGGACAACAGGCAGUAGAAGCUCUCAAUUGCAUGUUCAAUGCUGAAGAUUGCAGAAGGGAAUCACUCCAGAAAGAUAGAAACACAAGAUCUCAAACAGAGAUUCUGUCUAGCCGUCCCUAUGACUUGAUCCUAAUGGAUUGUCAGAUGCCAAAGAUGGAUGGGUAUGAGGCAACAAAAGAAAUCAGGAAAUCAGAAGUGGGAACAAGCUUUCACAUUCCCAUUGUUGCUCUUACAGCACAUGCAAUGUCCUGUGAUGAAGCCAAAUGCUUGGAGGUGGGCAUGGAUGCUUACUUAACAAAGCCAAUUGAUUUCAAAAUGAUGGUGUCCACCAUUCUUUCACUCACUAAAACAACAUCUUCAACACUCUCAUAAGGUCCAAACUAACAAAGGAGCCUACAAAUGUAUAGAAGUUUACCUCGUAUAAACAUAAGAAAAAAAGAAAAAAUCAUAGUUUGACAUGUAAUCCAAUUUUCCCUACUCUUACUUUCACUCUACGUAGUCCAUAUUAUUCUAUGGUGUGUGCAUAGAGGUCUGCACUGUGCGGAAGAAAAAACAUUAUGUUUACCCAAUUAUCAACUACUAUCCGAUUGAAUAAGCAAACCAAUGUUGGCUGAA